UGAGAGUUGAGACUCAGGACUAUAAACAUAAAUAGCUCUCUACCUUUAGCUUAAAGAAAACCCCAAGAGCUCUGAUAAUUUGUCUUGUUCCUCUCUGCCAAAAUAAUCUUUCUCUGUCUCUGUCCGUGUUUCUCUCCCUCUUUCUCUCUGCGUUAAAACCAAGGCCAAAGCAAAGCAGAGAAGAAGUGAGCGAUGAGCACUAUGUGGGCUUUCAUGGCGAGCUGGUUCACACCCUCUUCGCUUUUCGUUUUCGUCAACCUCACCAUCAUCACCAUCUUUCUCACCUCCCGUUUCACCUCUCACAGAAAACCACACCAACAAGAACAACAUCAACAACUGGUACGAGUACCCUCUGUGUUAGAACGAGUCAGCUCCUUCAACUUUUCGCUCUACAAGUUCGACCAACCCAACAACCCAGAACCACCGGUGCUCUCCGAAUAUCCGACCCUCCAGCACUCCGAACCCGAGCAUGUCAACCUGGAUCCUCCAACCCAAAUCGCCAGAACUCCUUCCCUUCUCGAACGGCUCAAGUCUGUAUCGGUUCUGUACCGGUCCGACUCGACCACUCCAGAACCCGAAACUUACGAGUCGGAAGAGCAUGUUAACCCGGAUCCUCCGACCCAAAUCGCCAGAACUCCUUCCCUCCUCGAACGGCUCAAGUCUAUAUCCGUUCUGUACCGGUCCGACUCGGCCACUCCAGAACCCGAAACUGACACAGACGAGUCGGAAGAGCAUGUUAACCCGGAUCCUCCGACCCAAAUCGCCAGAACUCCUUCCCUUCUCGAACGGCUCAAGUCUAUAUCCGUUCUGUACAGGUCCGACUCGGCCACUCCAGAACCUGAAACCGACACAGACGAAUCGGAAGACGAAAUUGCGGAUCCGGGUCAUGAACAUUUGGUGAGGAGGAGCAAGUCCGACAGAGUUGGUGGUGUUGUGGUAAAGCCGGGCGAGAAGAUGACGAAAUCGGCGAGCGAGAAAUCGACGCUGGAAAAGAAGAGGGAAACGGCGUUGCUUGGGUACGACGAAGAGGUGGAUGCUAAGGCUGAUGACUUCAUCAAUAGGUUUAAGCAACAGUUACGUCUGCAAAGGCUCAACUCUCUUCUAAGUUCAAGAGGAAAGUAAUCAUUUUUUUAAUGUCCCACCUAUUCAUUUCCUACUUUUUUUUUUUUUUUUCUUUUUAUUAGUUUUAAAUUUUGGUUUUUAUUUAGGAUUUUUCUAAAAACACAAAAUUUUUCACAACCUAUGGAUCAUAACUCAUAAUUUGGAAGAAUAUUACGCCAUUUUUGUUAUGAAAUGAUUAAGAGACCUCCUUAUAAAAAGAAGUUUGUGAAAAAUUUUGUGCCUUUCUUAGAUUUAUUGUAUUGGGUGGGAAUUUUCAAUUUAGGCUUUUUCAUGUAUUUUUAGAAUUGAAGGUGGGAAUGUAAGGUUGUGCCCUAGCAAAUUCUACUUUUGUAUUUUUGUUUUGGAAAUGUUUGAGGGUAUAAUAGUCAUUUCAGCUCUUGAUGGCACUACAAGGAGUGAUUUGUGUCAGUAAGGAGGAGGGCUGAGGCUUUGAAGGGUUGGUCAUUGGUAGGAAGGGGAAGAAGUGAAAAUAGCCCUUGUGUUCAUGGGUGUCUUUGAAAAAUGACAAAGUUGACCUCUUGGGCUUGCAUUGGACUUUGAUUGAAUUUCAUGGGGGUCAUUCUGUCAUUUGGCUUCUUUCAGGUUUAUUAAAAUGAUGUAAUUAUUAAGUUAUUUGGGAUUGUUACUUAUUAUUUUGUGUCAGUUUGAUGUUUGUUUUAAGUUACUACUUGCAUAUUCAUAACUUAAUUGAGAUUGCUGAUGUUACAAUGUC